UCAUGAUCAUCAACUUCCAGCGUUUAACGAACCGCCAUGCAAACGGACGGCCUCGAGAGCCAACGGGACAAGUUCAAGCAGAGAAUCGCGGCCAUCGCGUUUGAGGAAGAUCCUCUGGCUGUUUACGUCGAGUUCGUCCAGUGGACCCUUGACAACUUUGAUGAUAAGGAUCCCCACUCUGGGCUGUCCCAGCUCCUCGACGAAGCCACCAAGAAGUUCAAGAAGGACGAAGCGUACAAAGCCGAUCUUAGGUACCUGAAGCUUUGGGUGCUGUACGCCAAUAGAGUCAGUCAAAGGUCGGCAAUCGGAAUUUAUUCACAACUUUGGAAGAAUGGAUUUGGUGUAUCAUAUUCUUUAUUAUACGAGGAAUACGCUCGCAUGCUGGAAGCCGCAGGACGAGUUGAAGACGCGGACCAAGUCUAUCGGACCGGCGUCAAGCGUCAUGCUCGUCCUAUUGAGCGAUUGAAGGCACGAUACACUGAUUUUCGGAAAAGGCAUGGUAAAAAGCCUGUCAUAUCCCAAGAUAUUUCCAAGACAAAUACGGCGGCAGCAUGCUCCCCUAAACAAUUGUCAAGUGCUGCGUCACGCUAUGCGACGAUGCUGGCCCCUCCUCAGCCGGGAAAACCCCCCGAGAAGCUUCGUUUUGAUAUGACCUUGCUUUAUACCGAAAAAACAGGCGAAUUCUGUUUUGAAGAAGCCCGUACUCGAUCGAUGGGUCUUCUCAGAAAAGAAUGGCCAGUUCUUCCUGUCGAAUCGCUCGCGCAUUCCGCACGCUCAUCGUCUUUGACCGUACUCAGACCUGGUGAGGGUCGCUUCGGCAAACGAAAGAGCAUGCUGGCUGGAGAGCCCACUGUGACGAUCAAUACCAGAGAAGCACUCGAAGACGUGUUCGGCAUGUACAACUCUCCUGAAAGGACAAUACGUAUGGGUAGUAAGCACGCGCCUGUGAAGAAGAUUGAGCCCGUUGCUAUGCCUCGGAUGACUACUUCUCCCCCAACCACACUUGGAGAUGGAAUACAUAAAUCGGCAGUCUUCCAACCGUUCGUGGACGAAAACUCUGAUGAUAUCAAACCGAGAAAGACCAACAAACCCGCUUUUACUCCUUUUGUCGAUCUAGAAAACAAAACACCAACACACAAAUCUAGAUCAGCUUUCGCCGAGAAAGAGGCCGCUCCUCAUCAGAAUGAAAAUCUGCUUCAAGAUUCCAAGAAGUUUACAAAGAGGGAUAAUACUUCAGUGGAGAGUAUCUUCUCUCAGAAAGUCUUCAUUCCUGAAAGCGAAAUCCAACCAUUGCCGCUUCGCGAAGCUCAUACUGAGGAUCAUGGUCAACCAAGACCAAAGACCAUCUUGACUCACGAAAGAGCCAAAUCGGACCAUGAUGUCGGUAAAGCUUCUCAUCCAGUCGCUUUCAGACCUUUUGUGGACCCAGGCCCCGAAACAUCAUUUAAGGUAUUUAGUCGGCCCAGCGAGGGUAAGAGCAUAUUCACUCCCAAGUUAUCUACCAUGAAAUUGUCCGUUCCGCCUGCUAAACAACCGACCUUUACCCCAUACAAGGAUCCGGCUGAGGAUAAUAUCCAGAUUGAACCGCUCACAGAGAAAAAACAUCAGAGCCAUGUGGACUACGACGAGCCCGAAUAUGACGAGGAAUUUGAUCAGGGAAAUACGCCACACCAACAGGAGCAACAGGAUGCGAUAGAUCUGGAUCAGUAUCCUGAAGAGGACGAUAACGAUUACUCCGACGAUUUCAUCGACGAAGAAUGUCAAGAAGACGUUGUCGAGCCCCUACGAGAGGAGCUUGGAGAGAUGUACGAUGGCCAGGAAGUAGACUAUCACGACGUCCCUUUUGGUGGGCGAUUCGGUCAGUUCAGUGUGAUGACCCCAAUAACAGAGCGCACUUUCGAGUACACUUCGACUUCUCAUUCAACCUUCAAUACGCCUAGUAUCCUUUCCAAGCACGCCCCAGUUAUCGAAGAGGAACAGGAUUCGCAACUGGAAGCUGCGCAACUUGUUCCAGAUGGAGCAGACGAAUUCGAGCACGAAGACGAGGCCGGGGGUCUUCAUGAUAUCCAUCCCCUUCGUUUACCUUCUGAAGCUUCAAUCUCUACGUUGACACAGUCAACAAGCAAAUUAAGCCUAGUCGAUACUUUGACACUUUCAUCCAAUUUCAAACCUUCUAACCCAUGUAAUCCUUUUGAUCCCCCAAUCUUCCAAGCCUUACUCUCACGGCUCAACGCAGACUCACAAUAUUACGACCUCACCGGCACGUAUCAUAAUGGAUACGACGAACUGCAGAAGUACGCAAAGAAGAAUAGAAAAACCAGCUCCAGCUCCGGAGGUGGCGAUGCAGUUCAUCCUUUGACAUUGAAUGGUCAAAAGUUUGUUGUCUCUGAGAAGUUGGGAGAGGGAGGCUUUGGAGCUGUGUUCAAAGCAAGAGACUGCGGUGCGCUGUCCGAUUGUGAUUCUGACUUUGAGGACGAGGAUGAGAUGGAGGGGGAUGAGGCAUCUAUGGUCGCUUUGAAGGUUGUGAAACCUCGAAAUAUUUGGGAAUAUCACGUCCUACGUCGACUACAUUCCGCACUUCCUCCUGCAAAUCGUCGAUCUAUCGUCUUCCCCCAUGCAUUAUACGCAUUUCGCGACGAGAGCUAUCUCGUUCUAGAUUACUGCCCUCAGGGUACGCUUCUAGACAUUGUCAACACAGCUGAAUCUGCAGGUGUUUCUCAGCAGGGUGCCUGCCUCGACGAGCUUCUGGUUAUGUUCUUUACUAUCGAACUAUUGCGGCUGCUGGAAAUCAUGCAUGACAUCGGAUUCAUCCACGGAGACCUCAAAAUUGACAAUUGUCUGCUGCGUUUAGAAGAAGUCCCGGGGGGCCCUUCUUCUUGGUCCAGUGCAUAUCGGCCUUCCGGUGAAGGAGGCUGGAGCUAUAAGGGGUUGAAGGUCGUUGACUUCGGUCGGACCAUUGAUACGCGGUUGUUUCCUGCCAAUCAGCAGUUCAUCGCAGACUGGGAAACAGAUGAACGCGAUUGCAUAGAGAUACAACAGGGAAAGCCUUGGACUUUCCAAACUGAUUAUUUCGGACUGGCAGGCAUUAUAUAUUGCAUGUUCUUUGGCAAAUACAUUCAAGCCAGUGCAAUAGGCUCGUCGACCUCUUCCGAUGGCAAGGUAAAGUUUAGACUUACGACUCCGCUCAAGCGAUACUGGCAAACCAACCUUUGGGAACGAUUGUUUCACUUGUUACUGAAUCCAGUUGAUGUCAGAUCACACGGUCAUAUGCCCCUUUCUGAAGAACUUGGAUCAAUCAGGACGGAUAUGGAGGCCUGGCUUCAGGCAAAUUGUAAUCGUACCACUGGGACACUGAAGGGUCUGUUGAAGAAAGUUGAGAUGUCAUGUUUACGAUAGUUUUUAUCAAAUCUUUCGUUAAAGAA